CAUGGCGUGGCCCUGCAUCAGCCGCCUCUGCUGCCUGGCGCGGCGCUGGAACCAGCUGGACCGCUCCGACGUGGCGGUGCCGCUGACCCUGCACAGCUACUCGGAACUCGAGAGCGAGGAGCCGGGCCCGGGCGGCGCCGCCUCGCGCAGGGGCCGGUCCCCCGCCGGCGCCCGGAACCCCGGCCGGGACGUGCCGCUCACUCAGUACCAGCGGGACUUCGGCGUGUGGACGGCGCCCGCGGGGCCCAGAGAUGCGCCGCAGGAGCGAGGGCCAAGGCGGGGCGGCCGGAGGGGCAAGCCCUCCGCGCCCUCCAGCCGGGGGGUCUACGUGCUCCCCAUCGGCGAUGCGGACGCGGCUGCAGCAGCGACCACGUCGUACAGACAGGAAUUCCAGGCCUGGACUGGAGUGAAGCCGUCGAGAUCCACAAAGGCGAAACCUGCCACAGUCGUCACAAGCCACAGCUCGGGAUGGGACAGCAGCCCUGGGGCCAGCUUCCAGGUCCCUGAGGUGAAGAAGUUUGCUCCUAACCCCUCAGCCAUCUUUCAGGCUUCAGCUCCCCGGAUCCUCAACGUGUGACUGCCCAUCGAGAGGCGAGUGCCACGGGCUGGGCCAGAGCCCACAGCCACCAGGGGACUGGGGUGAGAUCUGGGCCCGGACGGUCCCCUGCUGUCAGAGGAGGGGGAAGGGUCCUUCUUUCUCACUGUGGGGCACCACUCCUCUCCAAGCUGCCCCCGGGGCUGCAGGCCUGGCACAGAGCAGAGGCUCAGAUGGACACGGCACCACCCAGCUCAGCUCUGGGCCUCACCCAUCCUCUUCUUCCUCGAGAAGUGUGCAGAAGGCUUCAGAUCUGUUUUUAAUUGAUCAUAAUUUUUGGCCAUCCUUCAGUUUUUAAAUCUGAAGAACUUGAGGAUCAAUUCUAUUAUGAACUGAAUUGGUCCAUGGGGGCUGAGAAAUAUGGACACAACAGUUCCUUGAAAGAAACAAUAACGUCCACUUUGUUGUUUUCCCAGGUUGUAUAAUUUUAUACCCUCUGGUAACCCAAGGUGAUGUCCUUGGAUAUGCCUACAAACGGCCCCACAUGUUCAAGUUGCAGAAGAAAUCAUAGGUUAUCACUGCAUGUGACUCAUGACGACGCUGAGUAACCAGGAAGGAGUUUCCAAAAGAAAUAGAAUAUCAGUCACAGGGUUUCAAUUUCAAACACAUAAUUUUGUUAUGGCCAAGAUGACCCUCAGGUUUUAACGAAACAUUUCUCGGGAUGAGUGCUUGAAGUUUUGAAUGAAUGAAUGACUUUUACCUUACGGUAGCUUUCUGAGCCCCACAUUUUAUUACUAAUUCUAGUUUUUCCCUUAACAUGGUGAUGACUAGAAGGGAACUACCACACACACUAAGAAUUGGGAGCAUUUUUUGGAAGAAGGCGGCGUUAGCCUCAUUCCUUGAAAGACCUCAAAAUGUUACCUACACCAAUCCUUACACCUCACGCCUGCCCUGCUUUCACACUCAGUCACGAGGAGCUCGCUACCUGUUGAGGAGGAAAGCUCUCCUGACUUUCGUGCUAAAUUCCAGCCAAUGAGGCCACGUGGAACAAGCCUGGUCCCCUCUUUGCACAGCAGCUCUUCAAACAUUUGCAGGAGUUUAUGUCCCUUCUUAGAGAUUAGAGGCACAAGCUUAGGAGUUGUUGGUAAGGAAACUCAGGAUUUCCCUGAGCAUCUUUAUCCCUCCAGGCCGCAGCGGCUCUGGUCUGGUGAGCACUUACUUAAGCCACAGGAGGUGGCAUUCAGCUUUUAGAGCCACCUCACCCGAGGAAGUGGGGCCAUGUUUCCAGCUCAGGCUGCAAAGGGGGCUGUCCCCUGAGGUGCUAGCUCUGGCAGGCACAGCCCCUCCCUCACUCCAGCAGAGGAAAUGCUCUGAAUCAUUUUAAAGGGAAAACCAAAACCAUAUGCUUACACAAAGGUUCUAUUAUUUCAGACGUCACUGGUUGGCAUGUUAGAUGUUUCUACCAGAAAAGAGACUGCCUGCUGGGCAUGGUGGGAAAUGAACAGAUUAACUGUACAAUCUCAGAUCUUACUAAAAUGCAAAAAUGUACUGUUUCCAUUUCCUGCUAAUUUCUUUAAAUUAAUUAUAAAUGAGCACCUUCUCACACGUCUUCCUUUAUCCUCCUCUUGGUAUUGAGGACUUGAAUGUAUCAUGGCCACUGCUGGUGUCCGGCAGAGGCUUGUGAAUCCUGAGAACGCUCCCUUUGGGCUGCAGGCCACACUGGUGUUAUCUGAGUAUUUCACAGAAGCCACCAACCUCCCCUCUUUCACGUCCCCACCCCCAGGAGCCUAGGACAAAAGGACUGUCUUUGAAGCUAGUCUUGGCCUCAAAUCCUGGCUUCUCCAUGCACUAGCUGUGAGCAGCUGAAGCUUCCGUUUUCCCCGUCUGCACAGUGAGGCUAACAUCCCCUACCGUGCUAAAAGAAUCUGUGUUCACGUGCAGGUGCAUGGUACAGUAAAUGGCCAACUAAGCAUGGCGGUUGUAAGUCUUCUUUCCUGCCCAGGCGCCCUUCCCCACUUCCCAAGGAGCCGGCUCUAUUCUCAUCUGCAGCUUUGGUCCAUCUGAUGCCACUGACAGUCCCUCCCACCAGACCCUGCCCUGUCACCCCGCACAGCCGGCAGUGGCCCCUGACCCCCACCCCAGCCCGCCUGGGAAGCCCCAGUCAUUCUUUUGCCCUACGGAUGGACCCAUCAUCAGCUCCGCAGUACCUUGGCUGGGACGGAGCAGACCUGCCCCUUCCUGGCAGUGUUGACUCUGCAGCAGCAGUGGAAGCACCCACUGCCUAGGGCACGCUGCAUGCUCAAGAACCUUUUUAGAAUGCAACAGAACAGACAGCUUUUCACAAACACCUCAACCCGAUAACCUUCCUCACUAGACUUCACUAAUUAUUGGGAGAUCUGGGUUCUGAAGAAGAAACUUCCCACUCACGCUAAGUUGUAGUAAGGGCCAACAUCAUGUAAGUGGAGUGGCCUUAAGAAGCACCUGAGACAGGGGCCGGCCCCGUGGCUUAGCAGUUAAGUGCGCGUGCUCUGCUACUGGUGGCCCGGGUUUGGAUCCCGGGCGCGCACCGACGCACUGCUUCUC